GCCUCCACAGAAAUUUAAAGAGAAAAAAAUCUUUAAACUUCACAUUCAAAAUGUAACAUGGGGUGAAAGUGUAUACCUCAAACUCAGCAUCGUGGUGAAUAUGGAAUGACCAUGAUCGGUUCUCCAUCGCAAUGUUCUGCACAGAAAAAACACUAUUGACUACUGAAGUAACACUAUACAUCUUACCAUGGCCUCUAAAGAACAUACUUGAGCAUCAUGAUAUGAUUUUAGGUCAUUUGUGCGAAUUGAUGGGAUUAACACAUGAGCAAAUUGAUGCAAUCCAUUAGAUCAGGGUGGGUGCAGAAGUAGGUAAUGAUGGACUUAGAACACUAUCCUACAAUUGAUGCAAUUUAAGACCUUAUUAGCAAGGUUAUUUUUGCAUCUUCCUUGGGUAUAUAAGCCAUCCCAAAACUCCAGCUCCAACACGGAACAGCUCAGUCUCAAGUUUGCAAGCAACUCCAUCACAAGCUUUUCACAAAGGCAAAUUUGAUCCAUCAGAUACCUCAAACAUGGAGCUGUCCAUCUUUGUGAUGUUCAUUUCGAGUGUUAUCGCUACGGUCCCAGCUACUUCGGUUCUCUUUGAUGUUGGCCUGGAAGAAUUGCCUGCAAUUACACAGUCGAAGAAUUGGGCUGAUGAGGGCUAUGUUACCAGCAUAAGAAACCAGAAAAGAUGUGCCGCUUGCUGGGCCUUUACAGCAGUUGCCACAGUGGAAGGACAAAUGUACAAUAAAACAAACAAUCUUACUGAACUCAGUGAGCAAAAUCUUAUUGACUGUGCCGUUAGUUAUCGAGGACGUGGAUGCUCUGGAGGAUGGGUGUACAGAGCAUAUAAUUACAUACGCGAUACAGGAAUUGAAAGUAGUAUUUCAUAUCCAUAUCAGGGAAAGCAAACGAAUUGCAGUCUUAACUCGUCAUCACCUGUCAGCCAAAUCUCUGGCUACCGGAGAUUGAAGAACACAGAUGAGACAACAUUAAUGCAGUUGGUGGAAAGUCAUGGGCCUAUUUCUGUUGCUGUUCACAUGUCACGCAAAUUCUCGCAAUUUAAAGGCACAGGUAUCUUUGAUGAUCCUGCUUGUAACAAAUCUGUAAAUCACGCAGUGACAGUGAUUGGUUAUAUGCAUUCACCUACCGAAAAAUAUUGGAUCAUUAAGAACAGCUGGGGAGUAAAUUGGGGUGAUAACGGCUUCAUGAAGAUGAUCAUGGGCAAGAACAUGUGUAAAAUAACAGCCAUCGUCGACUACCCAAUAUAUUAAGUAUAUGCCGAUUUGAAUGAUAAAUCUGGCUCUCUAAAGAAAUAGAAUCUGACAGCUAUUAUAGAAUUGUGUGUAUUGCUCAAGUAGAAUUACAGGCUAAACUCUUCAGUAAGUGGGUGUUAAAACUUGGUGAUUGUACCUCAAGAAAAUUAAAUUCCUCAAGUCUCAACUCUUGCAGCAAGAACCAAUGAUUGGUGUAUUUUAACGUGUUGUUGGGAAGUAUUUCCUGCUCUGUGAAUGUUUGGUUAUCAAAAUCCUUUACUUUUGGUGUAUUCAUCCAAUUAUAUUGCAUGCAAAUAAAAAGAAGUAAAAAUAUUGAAGGUUGAUGACUUUGUGAUU